GUGGAUGCCCGAUGUCCUUUCGUGAUCUCGGCUCGAAAGGCACCACACGCCAUCGGCGCGAGGAGGAAACGAGCUUCGAGGCGAACAUCAAGGCGAACAUCCAAGAGAUUCAGGAUCUGGUCCACCGCGCCAAUGAGCAGCUGGAGCAAGCGGAGAGGAGCUACCUCUCCAAGCGUGGCGCCGAAAGCCUCGACGGCUACAUGGAGCGAAGCCACACGCUCGGCCAGGAGACGGAGAGGCUCUUCCGCGACUGGACGGUGCACUUCGCCGGCGAGCCGGCAGAGAGGCACCGAAAGAAGUUUUCCUACGAGAAGCUGCAGCGCGCUUUUGAAGAGGAGGUGGUCCAUGUCAAGGAGGUAGCACGGCGGACUCUCGCCGCUCAAAAGGAGGCUUCCAAGCCCUCGAAUACACGGGCGCCCAAAGAAAUACGCCCUGUCUGCGACGAGCAAAACGAGAGCCUACUCUGCGCUGAGUCAGAUGCGGAGCAUGGACUCCUCGAAGACGCUCAGUGCCAGGGCACCGUCAUCCGAAGCAGGAUAGCACAAGAACGCGAAGAGAGCAUCAGGCGCAUCCAGAGCCAGGUGCACGAAGUCAACCAGAUUUUCCGCGAUUUGGCAUCCAUCGUGCAUGAGCAAGGCCACGACAUUGAAAGCAUCGAGCACACCGCUGACUCUGCUUCUCGUGAGACGAAACAGGCGGCUUCGGAACUUCGGAAAGCUGCAGACCGACAACGUGG